AUGAUGUUUAAAUCUAUUAAAAAUAAUAGAUUUGCCUCAAUUAAAAAAUUUCACAAUUGUUCAAUAAGAUUUAACAGAAAAAACUUUAUUGUAACUAAUUCAAACGAUUUUACCUUUUUUUUCAACGAUAACGUAAAAUAUAAAAGAAGAAGAAACCAUAGAUUCGAUAAUGAUAACGAUUUUGAUUACGACUUUUACAAUUUAAUUAUUAGAAAAUUCUAUUUUAAAAAUAAUAAUAUCAAUCCCUUUAAUAAUAACAAUAAUUUCGUACCUAUUUUAUUGACAUCAGAUAAUGACCAUUUUAACAACAAAAAUUUGAAAUUUUAUUGUAAUAAAAAAAAUUAUAUCCAUAGUAAUCUACGUAACAACUCAAGUGGUAUUGACAGAUUUCAUAACAAUUUAAUUAAAAUAAAAAGAAGAAGAAAAUUAUUGUUAUCUUCAAAUUUAAAAAAUAACACUAUUCGUUACUAUCAAAAUAAUAAUAUUCAUUUAACGAAAAGUAAGUUCUUUAUUAAUAAAAGAAAUUUUCAUUCUAAUUCUAUCAUUAAAAAUAAUGAGGAUAAAACUAUAAUUAAUGACCAAAUUAACGACUUGACUAAUAAUACCAAUAAUAAUAAUGACAGUACAAUUAAUAAUAUUAAUAAUGAUUUCCCUUGGGAAAAAGACAAUGAAGAAUCUCUUAAUAAAGACACUUACUUAAAAGCUCAUAUGGACUCUAUCGACAAAGCCUUUAUCAAAAAGGAUUAUAACAUUAUCAAUGCCUUAUACCAAUCUUUGAAAAGAAAUGAUUGCGUCCCUUCAAUUGAAACCUAUUACAAAAUUCUAUAUUCAAUCGCUCAUCGUGAUCUAGAUUCAGAUGAUAUCAAUUAUAAAAUGUUCCAAAUUUUAUCUUGUUAUGAAGAUAUUAUUAUUAAAAAUAAAUUAAAGCCAACAGAUGAAAUUUAUAGCGUUCUUUUAGAAAAUUUAUUUAAAGGUUCAAUCAUUUCUUAUGAAAAUAACAACUAUAAAAAUGGCUUGGACUUUUUCAAAAUCGCUUUAAAUAUUUUUUUACAAGUUUACGAAAAUCAUAAUUUAUCAAAUGAUAAGGUUAUCAAGAAUUUCCUAAUUUCUAUCAAUUAUUAUCCUGGUAAUAUUAGCUUUCUUCAAAUUAAUCAAGUCUUCAAUAAAUUUAAUUAUAAAAUCGAAGACAAUUAUAAAAUAUACUUCCAGACUUUGUUGAAUUAUUCCAUCUUAAUUAAUGAUGAGGCUUCUUUUGAUCUUCUUCAUAAAGAAUUUACAAUUUUUAGUGAAAAUAACUGCAUAGAUAACUCUUUUGACUAUUCAAUAUGGCAGUUAAUCAUAUCUGGUUUAAUUGAGAUCAAACAGGAUUUUACUUUAUCAACAAGUAUUUUGAACUUAAAAUUAGAAGAAUCAAAAUCUAGGGACAGCACGAGAGUAGAUCUAUCUCAUUUAGUUUCAAACUACUUGAUAUCAAUCUCUAAGUCAAAUCCAUCUAAAUCUCAUACUCUAUGGCUAGCCUUUAAGAAAUUGAAUUGGUUGCCAGAAUUUGAUUAUAACUUUUAUUUGAAGAUGAUUCUAAAUUCAAAAAAUAAUUGGAAUUUAACAAAAAUGUAUUAUAAUUACAUUUAUCCAAUGAAAUUGAGUUCUUCUAAAAUUAAAAUUGAAGGCACAUCCUCAAACAAUUUAUUGAAAUUACCUCAAUCCAAUGAUAUUCAGUCCACCGUUGAUCUAAAUACAAUUCAUGAUUAUUUGAUACUGAAAUCGAUUCAAUCAAACGAUAGUGAAAUGGUUUUCAAGCUAAUUCAGGAAUCAUUAGUUAAAAAUUUGAAGUUUAGUUAUCUGAAUACCUACAAUGAGGCUCUAAAUUUUUUGAAAGAAAGGAAAUAUCCUAUUGAUUCUACGAUAAAUUUUAUCGAAUUACACUCGACACUAAUUUGCGAUUCUUCAAAGAACCAACUGAAUGAGCUAAACUUCAAUUCAUUUGUCAACGCAUCAUUAUCAAUGUUUAUUGAUAACCAUAAGUUUUUGGUGAAGUUUGUAGAAAGUGCUACUUUCUCAAACUAUUGCCAAUCAGCAAAUCUGUUAGACUUAACAACGAUAACUCUUCUAAGUACUAUUCUCAAAAGCGUCAUGGGUAAAUCAUCUGAUUCUAUAGAUAGUUAUCCAACCUUUCUUAAAUUGUAUUCCAUUUUUGUUAUGAAGUUUGCAGAGCUUACUUUACAUGAUAACUCAUACGAGAUUAGUCAAAUGGAGCUUUUGAAUACUUUUAAAUCCAGAAUUAUUGAAAACCAUUGCCAACUAGUUCAACAUUAUUAUGAUUUAAACCUUAACCCAAGAUACUUACCUUCUGAAGUUUUGCAAUCAUUAUCAUUAUCGAAUUUUUCAAAGGAGAUAAUCGACUUUUAUAACGGUAUUAAUUAUGAUACAGAGUCCCUAAACUCGAAGGUAUUGUGUUAUGGUACAAUAAUAAGAAAUUCACCAGAUAAAGGAGUCAUUGAGUUCAAGAAAUUACUAAACAAAGGUUCUUCGUUUGAUUACGAUACUUAUUAUACUAUCCUGUCAGAUAAGGAUUUGGUCAAAAAAGUACCAGUUAAUCAAGUUAUAAAGAAUGCCAUCCAAGCGUGCCCAACUGACAGCAAAUGUAUGGAAAAGUUAAUUAAUACCAUCUUGUUUAAUGCCAAUGACAACGUUUUAGAAUCGAUCUUUUUGGAUGAAACAAUGAUUAGAAGUCAUUUUGUACCUUACGUGAACGAAAUAAAUUUAUCCAAUCUUAUUCAAUAUUCAUCGAGGGAAGGAGGUGAUUUCAAUAGUUUUUUGAAGAUGAUAAGUUUUCCUGAAAGGUUUUCCAAUAUUAAGAAUCAAACAGUAUACAAAUCAUCGAUUUCUAAAAUCUACAAUAUAUUGUUUGAAAAGGGUCAAUUCGGUCAAAUUUCUGAGUAUAAUAAUAUAUUACCAGUUUUGCAACUUGAUUUGUUAUUGAAGUCAUUUAUUUAUAACAAUGACGGUGAAAAAUUUGUCUCAUACUUUACCAGUUAUGAGGAACAGCUUAGUUCUAAAUCAAAAGUUGAAUUAAAGCUCGAGCAUUCAUUAUUUGAAGGAAGGAAGGACAAAUCUAUUAAAUUAGUCCAAGACGCCAUCAAAAGGAAACAAUUGAGCGUAAGUGACAUCGCUGAUCUUCGAAGCUUGCUUGGCUUCGUUCAAUGUAUGAAUGACAAUAUUAAGAUGACAGAAGAUGCUAUAGAAUCUGAGAAGCCAAAAAACAUUCUGCAACUUUCAAAUUUGUUGUGCAGUAAGUCUGAUAGUUACUCAAACAUGGUUUCUAUUUAUCAGGAAUACAGCCAUUUAACCGACAAUGACCAGUUAUUAAAGGCAAUGUUGGGAAGAUUUAUAUGGUACUCAAGGAUAUGCACUGCCACUCCUAAUUUUGAACACAAAAAUUUAGAUAGAAGCAUGAAAAACUUCUUGAGAUUUAAAUGCUAUCUAAAAAAACCUUUAAUUUAUCAGUCUGAUUUAGAAAAAAUUAUUCAAAUAUGGACCAAAGUUAAUACAGCAAUGGUAGAUGCAUUGCUUAAUAACAUGAUAGAAUCAUUAUAUUUAAACCCAGAAACCGAUAUAUUAUAUUUGAACAAUAGCUUGAGUUAUAAAUUCAAUAAGAGCUCUUUAAAGGAUUUAGUACAAUCACUUAAAUUGCAUUACGAAGAAAAUUCAUUACAUAAUGAAUUAACGAUAAAAAUUGAUAAAUCUCUGCGAUUUAUUAAUGAAAAUUUACAACAAAAAAAUAUAGCAUUUAAUUUAAUAUAA